AUGGCUAUCUUCUUCGAUUCAUGGGUGACUGAAAUGUUGGCUGUACUGUCAACAGUUUUCGCAGUACUGUACGUUACCUUCAAAAUCAAUUACACCUACUGGAAGAAGAAGGGUCUGCCAUACCUGGAGCCGUCUUUUCCACUAGGUAAUGGCUGGAACACGACACUAAUGAGGAAAUGUCCGGGUGAAGAUAUGAAAGACGUUUAUUUUGAAACAGAAGGCAAGGACGUAGUGGGUAUUUACUCAUUAAACAACCCUCUUCUUGUUGUGAGGGAUCCAGAGCUGAUCAAAACGAUCAUAGUGAAGGAUUUCAACUACUUUCCCGACCGGGGCAUCUACGUAGACGAGGAGACAGACCACCUGACGGCGCACCUCUUCUUCCUUGGAGGAACCAAGUGGAAGGGUCUGCGACAGAAGCUGUCCCCCACGUUCACGUCGGGAAAAAUGCGCGCCAUGUUCGGCAUAGUGCUCGACUGCGCGCGGGUUCUGGCUGACGUCACACCUGCUGGUAGCGUUGUGGAAGUCCGCGAGCUGAUUGCCCGCUACUCCACCGACGUCAUUGCUUCCUGCGCCUUCGGCAUCGACGUUGACAGCCAGCACAACCCCGAGGCGGAGUUCCGGCAAUGGGGACGGCGCUUCUUCAAGCCAUCUGUCCGUUCUUACCUGACUCAGGCCCUGGGAUUCUCUAAUCCCAAAUUGCGCAACCUGCUGCCAAUAGCCUUCACACCAAAGGACAUCACAGAAUACUUUACACGCGUCGUUGAUGACACAGUCAAACACCGAGAGAAGACAGGCGUCAUUAGGAAGGACUUCAUGCAGUUGAUGAUUCAGUUGAAGAACAUUGGAUAUGUUGAUGACAGCUUCUCAAUAACUGGGCAGAAGAGUGCUGAACAGAAAAGUAAGACGCUGACGACCAAGGAGGUGGCAGCACAGGCGUGGGUGUUCUUCCUCGCAGGGUUCGAAACAUCCUCCACCACCGUAAGCUUCUGUCUGUAUGAGCUCUCUAGACAUCCGGAUAUCCAGAAGAAGUUGCAAGAAGAAAUUGACGACGUACUGAAGAAGAACAAUGGUGAUGUGACGUAUGACAUUAUAAUGACCGAGAUGCCGUAUUUGGAAAAGGUGGUGAAUGACAACAACUGA